GAUGCAUCACUUUAUCUGACGAUACAUUUGUCAAGCUUCCUCCUAGAGUCUGUAGCUAGCUAUAUUUAACCAAACUGUCGGACAAUAACGGUUUGCCAACCGCCAAUACAACUCCGAAGAACAAGAAGAAGAUAACGUCAAAUUAGACAUUUAACGGUGAACUUGUUCACUCAUUCAUUUAGCUGAAUUUUAACUGUUGCUUAUUAGUUGCCUAAUGCUAAUUACUAGGCAACCCAGCUAGCUAGCCUAACAGCAUACAGUUACGAGUUAACAGUUAACUAUUUUAAAGUAAUAAACGUGAAGAUUUAAAGUUAAAUAAUGUCUGGACCAAAUGGAGAUCCAAACAUCCCAAUUGACGAUGGUAUUAUCAACGACGAAGAUCAAUUAGAGGACGAAGAGUAUGAAGCCAUCAACUCCAUGCUGGAUCAGAUCAACUCCUAUCUUGAUAACCUGGAAGAUCGGAAUGAUUCACUUAAUGGCAAACUGCACGAACUUCUGGAGUCAAACCGGCAAGCCCGGCAGGAGUUCAGGGCCCAACUGUUGGGAUCCCAGAACCAGGAGGAGCAAUGUUCUGCAGACGGGGACGACUCCUCAACUGGCAAGGAAUACUUGAACAAGGACAAUGGAGAUUGCAAAUGAGGAGGGGGGGGGGGUGUUUAGUUCAGCAAAAUACAGGGAUGGAAAUAUUUAUUAAAGUUGACUCAACUUCUUACCUUUAUCUGUUGAAUUGAUGACCCUUGAUCUGUGUUGCCCAUCAAUUUCUUCUGUGAAUUUACACCCCCCCCCCAUCAGCAGAUGUGAUACUUGGUUUCUCCUCUACCACUGAACUCGAUCUAGUUGUUCCUCAUUUUGAACUGUGAUGUGCUGAUGUUUGUUUCAUGAGCAGAUUGGAGUUUCUUGAUUUCUAGCAGCUUCUCAAACAAGUUUCACACCAUAGUCACCUGAGACUAUUGCAGUAAAAUCUUUUUUUGGUGGGACAUCACAGAACAAAUUCUAAAGCCAGCACAAAAAAAGACAUUUAAAGAAUAUCAGAUGCAUAUACCAAUCACUAGUGUAACAUGCUGGUAUCUAUGGUGACCCUUCCUGUCAAACACUUUACCCCAGACUCUCCCAUGAUCUUCAGUAUGUCCUCAUGGCCGGUAGGGGCAUAGUCAAACGUCUGUGCAGUGUGUUGGUGUUGAAAUUAAGCUUUGUAAUAGCUUGUAUGGCUCUUCAUGUUUGUUUUAUCAUAAGUAGUAAAUUUGCAACUCUACAGCUGUCUACCAGUGUAUUAAUGUUUGAUCUGCAGCAUAACUGUCAAUGUGCUGUCCUUUUCAUUAUUAAUCUGUUUAGGAUAAGUGAGCUAAUAAGUGUUUGUGUAUGUUAAGUGUUAGCCACAAAGUCUGGGAAUAGUCAUAUUUUAAUAUAAAUUAAAAUUACACAAAACAAAAGUACAUAAAACUUCCAGCAGUUAGAAAACAUGUUUGUUUACCUUCAUUUAGUCAGUAGCUGAAUAAAAAUAACAUACAGCUUUGUUUGAAAUGAUCCUUUACAUUUUCUUUUAUCUCCUGCUCCCUUCCGUUCUCAAAGCCGUUUUGUGUCUCGUUCCUUCAGAUAGAACUAAUCAUGUGACACCUGCCACCAUAACUACAAGAGUUGCUACAUGCGUCAGUCAACCACUUUUGUGGUUUAAAAUCUUUUUCUAAUACAUAGAAUGAAAAUGUUUCCAGAACACACAAAUUAAGCCUUGCGACUGCUGAAACCAAAGUUAUACAUUUGUAUAAUCUAAAACUAGGAUAAUCUACUGCAUGUGACUGCCGCUUAAAAUCAGUUUAAAGGUUGCAAGGACAACUUUCUACAAUAAAUACCUACAGACACUUCAUGGUUUAUCCUUACAUUAACUCAACUGAUUCCAUCUGUCCAGUGUAUAGC